AUGAGUCCCGAAAAUAUGGGUGUGAAAAAAAAUGAUAGGAGUGGCAAUAUUUCUAAUGAAGAGAAAGAUGAAUUGCUUCAAGACAAUACGAAAUCUGAAAUAGAAAAUAAGUUAAAUUUCGAAAAAAACGAUAAUGUAUUAUCUAAUGAUAAUGAUAACACGUUAUUAAAAAAAAAAGAAAAUGUGUAUGAAAAAAUACCAAGCAUAUAUGAUGAAGUUAAAAAUAUUCAUGACAUUGACCAUAUUUACAUACGCGGCCAUAAAAGUUCAUGCUCUGAUACGGAAUAUAUUAAUUAUCUAUCUUAUGAAAUCUAUGAAAGAGAAAGAAUCAAUUCUCUAUGUUCUAUGAAUCAUGAAUUUGAUUUAAUAAAUGACAGUAUAAAAAUAAAUGAAGCCCUCUUAAACAAUUUUAAAUGGAGAUGCAAUUUUAAUAAUGAUAAUUCGAAUGGUGUAGAAAAGGAAAACAGUAAUAUAUUAAAUAAUAUUAAUAAUUCUGAAAUAAAUGAGAACAGAUCAACUAUAUAUAAUAAUAAUGAAAAAGGGCAAAAGAGUAUGUUGUUCAACGAAAAACUAAAACAUUUAUAUAAGGAAUAUUUGUCAUAUUCAAUACCCGAAUCCCCCAGAAAUGGGAAAGGGGUUGUAAAUAGUCUUAAUAAUUUUCAAAGCAAACUAUUUGAUAUCGAAAUAAGCAACAACACAUGGGUGAACAUAGAAUCUGAUAGAAUUCAUUCUAAUUGUUCUGAUUAUAAAAGUACUAUAUAUAAUAGCAAUAGUCUAAAUAACAGUACUAUGAGCAUUAUUAGUGAUGAAACUAUUAAUAAUAGUAGCAAUUUAAUAGGGAAUAAUAUAAUAUAUGGGUAUUUAAAUAAUAAUAUAAAAUUAGAAUAUCAUAAAUACAAAAAAUUUAACGAUAUUCUUUAUUAUAGUCACAUAUUAUAUAUAUGUGAAAGUAUAUAUGAUAUAUGUAUAAAAUACCAAAAAGCUAGUAUACACCAUAAGAGAAUAAAGCAAAAGUAUGCAAAUUUAAUAUUUUGUAAAAAUUUAUCACAUAAAAAUUCAAAAGAUAUAAUACAAUUAGUACGUGAAUAUGAAAAAAUAGUACGUAAAAAUAGCUUUAAUAAAGAUGCUUAUAUAAAUGCUAAAAAUAAUAAAACUGAAUUUAAUAAAAACUUCAAAUAUGAUUAUUAUUAUGAUAAUAAUGAUUCAGAUGCUGAAAAUUGUAAUGGCAUGUUUUUUAAUUUUUUAUUACAAAGAGUUGAGAAAAUUAAAAAUAUAAAUAAAUAUAAAGAAUUUUGUGAUCAUCUAGAAAAAGUAAUAGGGGAUAAAAAUUAUACAUUUAAAGAAUAUUGUGAUAUUUUUUCUAACCUUAUUAUUACAAAUAUAAUAAAUGUUGUUCCAUUUUCAAAAUUUCAUUUAUUUAUUAAAAUUAUAGUUAAUUAUUUUUGGAGGUCUUCUAAACACCAAGAAUCUGGGUAUAAAAAUACUAUUGAUUUAAUUAAAUUUUGUAAUGCACAACAUAACAAUGAAAUGAAAGCUUCAAAUACAAUACAGAAAGAUAAAGACAGUCAUAAACCUUUGCAUGGCUCAAUUGUUCAACUAAAUUAUUUAGAUCCAAUUGAAAAUAAUAAUUGUGUGUCUAAUUCUUCUAUUCCAUCUAAUAAUCCAGAUAAUAAUUUAGAAAGUAAUAUGUCUAUGACAUCUAAAAUUAAUUUAGAGGACACAUCUACACUUAAUAAUGCACAAAAUGAAAAGAAAGUACUAUCAUUUGAAACAGAUAUGUUAGAUGACAAAGAUAUUAACGUUAUAAAAAAAUUUGCUGCAUUACCAAAAUAUAGAAAAACGUAUGCAAAUAGUAGAUUUAAAUUAAAUCAAACUAUUAGUAUAUAUGAUUUAUUACGUGAUAAAAAUUGUAAAGAAAAACCUUAUGCCCAUAACAGUGGUAUGAGGAAGAAAUAA